CCGAGGGGUACCUGACUGCGCCAUAAGAAAAGCCGGAUCACACACGCCACCGCGUCACUUGGCGGGCGGAUAUUAGUCUGUCCUCAUCUCAGACUCUCUGCUCAUCUCAAUCAGCGCCUGCUUGGUCCUCCUGGUUCUGACAGCGAAAGCCCCACACAGAGCCAGCCAUGCAAGCGACUCGGACACCCACUAUCAGCGUGGUCGCCGACUGCAGCAUCCCAGCCGGUCUUCGGAUAGGACCGGUCCCGGGCAUCUUCAAACUGGGGAAGUAUGUUUCGGACCGGAAGGAACUUGGAGUCAAAAAGAAGGUAAGUUCCAGGACAACAUGUCAUUCUAUUCGUCUGGUUAGGGGUGAUUUUGUGGAUGAGUCUGGGAGCGCAGUUCCAGAUUGGAUUGGGUUAAUACGCGCGGCCAGGAACGGUCAAGAACAGAACCUCGAAGCAGUGUCCGAUUUACCUGGAGGGCAGAUAUUUUACCGUGUGCUGAGGGAAAUUCAAGCUGGAGAGGAAUUGAGUGUUUGGUAUUCCAACGCAUUGGCGCAAUGGUUUGACAUUCCCACAACGGCAACUCCAACACAUGACGAAAAAGGUGAGGAGCGAUACAUUUGCUGGUAUUGUUGGAGAAUAUUCAAAUACCCGAAUACCUUGAAGGCUCAUGUGCAUUUCCACUGUGCCUUGAGCAACGGAAGAAGUUUAGUGAGCAACGAGCAAGUGAGAGGAACAGACAACUUUAACAGAUCUCCAAAGUCCGGGGAUAUCCCGAACACGUCGUCCUCUCCACGGAACGGCCACAGCACCUUCAUGUCAGACGCGGUGAAACGCGUCGUCUCUACCUCACCGUUCGCUAACAAAGCGAAAAAACAGACCGCGGAGGAGCAGGACAGGGCCCUUGACAUGAGUGUGACCUCCGCCAGGAACCCCGGACACAUCUUGGGCCUCGGCGGGACACCGUCUGUCCUCAACAGCAUGGGUUUCCAUCCGGGCGUGCGCUCUGCUUUCAAGCCAAUGGGCCUUGCGAAGAUCUCCCCUGCUGAGGUUCCGAGAGAUGAGCCUAAUGUCAAACCAAACAGCAUUGGGUUUAGCAAACUGCUGGGGAACAUCAAGUCAGUGCGCGGCCUGAAUGAAACACUGCCUAGUGUUCACCCCUCAAAGUGCGCACACCCCUUGGACAGCACACCUCCAGUGAUCCCUUGCGCAAACGCCAUUCGUGGUUUCCCUCUGCUGCCACAUUUUGAGGAGACCUCAGCUUUUAAACACGUUGACAGCCGCAUGCACCCUGCGCUGUCGCCCUCGCGCUACACCCAGCUGCCGGCCGGGUUACACUUCGAGAGGUUUUCCUUGCCACAGUUCGAUGGGGGAAAACCCUACAAUGGAGACUGCAAUAUACCCAUCAUGCCAUUCACAGUGUACAAUGGAGAGCUCCUAUAUAGUUCCCCAUACUAUCCUCUAAAAUUUCACUUUGGUAACCUGCUCAAAUACCCAGACUACUUUGGCGCACCUGCUCUGAAUCCAGAUCUAAACUCGAUCACGAACAUCGACAGAGAGAUCGCAAUGCACACGCAACAGCUGUCUGAAAUCGCCGUGGAGAAAAACCGCUCACGACUAGACUCUUUGCCAGCUUCAAACCCCAGCUCAGGCAAGCCCAAAAAGGGACACUUGUGUUUGUACUGUGGCAAACUGUACUCUCGAAAAUACGGAUUGAAGAUUCACAUGAGGACUCAUACAGGCUACAAACCACUCAAAUGCAAAGUGUGCUUCAGGCCUUUUGGCGAUCCGAGCAAUCUGAACAAACACAUCCGCCUGCACGCGGAGGGAAAUACGCCCUACAGGUGCGAGUUUUGCGGGAAGGUGCUCGUGCGCAGGCGAGAUUUGGAGAGGCACGUCAAAUCGAGGCAUCCUGGUCAAAGCAUAAAAAAAUCCGACGUCAAAAUGGAAGGCAUGUUUGAGGACGGGGAGCAAAAAAGCGACAACGACAGCGACGUCGACGUUUGUUUCACAGAUGAUCAGAGCGACCAGGAAUCGAGCAAAAACAAUGAUUAAUGGACCACUCUAUGGACACAGUGAAACAGACUUUGCUCUUAAGUAGCUAAAUUAUGCAUGUAUAUAAAUUAGUUAUGAAUUGUUUGUUUAUUUUAUAUAAUUAUUGUGAAAGAAAAUGUUCCCCUAGUAAAUUAAAUAAAUCUGCAAUGGAGGCACUCAUGAAGUGAUCUCAAAUCAUGCUUAUUAGAAUUGAGGACAUCUCAGCACACCCAAUGUGGAGCUGCACUUUAUAAAGACGGGUUUAUGUCAUACAACAGAUCAUGCGUAUUUUCUAUAAUAAAUAUUGUCUUACCGUUUCUUUAUAACACAG